AUGACGAUGUUGACCAUAUUUCUGCUUCUCAGCGCUGCCUUUGCUCUGGGUGAUGCAAAGUCUGAGGAGAUGGGAGCGAAGGAGAAGCGGGAACUACAAUCCAGGAGUUCAUCAUGCCCACUUGGUUGGCACAGAUAUGGGACACGCUGCUAUUACUACAUCCCCAACUUGGCAAAUUGGCCAGAGGCAGAGCAUUACUGUUUGCUAUUUGGAGGUAACCUGGCGUCAGUGCACAGCCUCUCCCAGUAUAACUUCCUUCAGUCAGUCAUCCAAAGUAGUGCCAACGGAGCCCAGCGCACCUGGAUUGGAGCCAACGAUGCCAUCAAGGAAGGUCAUUGGCUGUGGAGCGAUGGGUCCAGGUUUAGCUACCAGAACUGGGGCAAGGGGCAACCCAGUAACCACAACCAUGGUGCUGGGAGCGACAACACGAAUGGCCGUGAGCAUUGUAUGGAGAUGAUUGGAGGGGACUUCGGGCAGAAUGAUUCAGCCUGCUGGAUGCAACUUCCAUUCAUGUGUUCCAGAAAGCUGUAAUAUCUACCGAUUGGGAGAGAAUUCAUGUUCUAACGUUACUCCCCUCAUGUUUAGUGUACUUUUAGAUUUUUGCUGAUUUUAAUGAGAUUCUAUUUCCUUAUGUUGAUGAUUAUUGCUAAUUAUGUAAAAUGACUUUGGGUCUCUUGAAAAGCACUUAAAAUAACAUUUCUAAAAUGUAUUAUUAUUACAUCUGAGAGGCUCUCAGGCGAUGGGAUUCUUCACUAAAGUCAGUCUGUAAUAUUUGCUAUUGUUCAGUGGUAAUUUUGGCAAAACCCCCCAGAGAAUUCUCAUGGGUGGCUCCAGGGAGGGGGUUGCCUUUGCAGAAGCACCCUCAUGAAACAAUGUAUUAGUAUGUAUAUACAUGUAAACCCUUGAUUUCAAGCACCUCUUUACAAUGACCGAACCUACCCCUUAGUUAGGCUCUCGGCAUAUGGGAUUCUUUUAACCAAGGAUGGUGUUGGAUGCUAGAUAUUGCUGUAUAUCUGGCCAAAUACACUUACUAUGCAAAAUAUGAUGUUGAAAUGGCUGAUUGGAUUAAAAGUGUAAAUCUGUGUCCUGGUGCAGCGGUCUAAGGCACUGCAUCGCACUGCCAGAGGCAUCACUACAAACCCUGGUUUGAUCCCCGGCUGCAACUGGGAGAUCCAUAAGGUGACGCACAAUGUGUCUAGUGUCGUUCGGAUUAGGGGAGGGUUUGGGAGGCCGGGAUGUCCUUGUUCUAUCACGCUCUGGUGACUCCUUGAGGUGGGACAGACGCCUGCACGCUGACUAUGGUCUCCAGAUGUACGGUGUAUCCUCCGACACAUUGGUGCGGUUGGCUUCCGGGUUAAGCAAGCAGUGUGUCAAGAAGCAGUGCGGCUUGGUGGUGUUGUGUUUCGCAUGGCUCUCGACCUUUGUCUCUCCCGAGUCUGUAUGGGAGUUGCAGCGAUUGGAUAUCACGAAAUUGUAAAAGGGGUAGAAAUAAAAAGUGUUUUUCUGGAAGCUAACUGGCCUGUCAGCCUCGUGGGAUUUAAGGACUGCCUCUCCCUACAUCCCUGCCAUCAAAUCUACUCUCCCCUAUUGAAGUGGCUGACAUGACUUGAGCACCCUCCUUCUGGGUGCGUUGUGGAAAGUGGGUUAUGGAGACAAGACGGGGCCUCCUCCACCUCCCCGCCAUGACACACAUGCACUCAGACCGUAGCUGGCUGGAGACAUACCUGUUUACUGCACUGUAAAGUAGGGCAUAGAUGGCAACUGUGUGGUGGAUGGGGGAGGGGGAAUAACAAAUGUGCAGAAUACUGUACCCUACAGUGUUACUUAGCUACAUGGGAUGAUGUUGUGUGUCAUACAAAUGUAUUGUCUCAAGAGAUGUAUGUAUGUAUGUAUGCUUGCAUGUGUGUAGGUAGGUAGCCUACACACCAUACACUAGAGAUUUGACUACUACAGUGUAACAUUUCUGCUGAGACAAAAUAUUGCAUGAUGUUACAUGCAUGACAGAGUACAUAACUAUUCUACUGAGAUUUGUCCUGCCCUGGGGUAUCUCCAGAAUUAUACCAUA